UCUUGAGCUUCAAUCUGAACUCAGUUACUAUAAAUAGAAAUCUAGCAAUAGUGAACUGCCAACAAUCAGACAUACAGAGAUUCCAUUCUCCCAAGUUCCAACAAUAUUUUCUAGCCUUCGUUACCGCCAUAAAUUCCAGAAAAUCCAAAUGGCUUCAAAAGGGCUUGAGCUGUGUGCACUUCUGUUCCUUAUGAUGAUGCUCUGUCAUAGAGCCACUGCUCAAUCAGGCUGCACUACUGCCCUAGUGGGCUUAACCCCAUGCCUUAACUAUGUCACAGGAAAUUCCUCAACUCCAUCAGCUUCCUGCUGCUCCCAGCUUGCUACUGUUGUUCAAUCUCAGCCACUAUGCCUCUGUGCAUUGCUGACUGGUGGUGGCUCAUCACUGGGAUUUACCAUUAACCAAACUCAAGCUCUGUCACUCCCUGGAGCUUGUAAUGUGCAAACACCGCCAGUUAGCCAGUGCAAUGCUGCCGGUAAUGGUCCAUCAGCCCCACCAGUAAGUUCGCCAGCGAUUCCUCCAGCAGAUUCUUCAGAUGAUACACCUGAAACUCCAAAUACACGAUCAGUGCCAAUCGUUCCUGCAGGAGGCGGUUCCAAGACAGUGCCAGCAGCAGGUGGCAGUUCAGCUGCAAGCCUCACAAGAAUUCAACUUCAUCUCACCAUAUUCAUCAUUUUCAUUGCUUCAUGUGUUUCAGACAUUAGAUUCUAAGCUUUCCUUGGAGAUCCAAAGCUCGUUCGAUUGUCUGCAGCUAUAAAUGACACUUGUAACCAUGUUGAGCUACUGAAUUUGUUUCCCAUGUAUCAUUUGUUAGAUUGCUGCAAGAAAUAAGAAACUGCUUCCAUUUUCCCAUUUUA